UUUCAUAUCUGGCAUCCCUGUAAUGUACAACUUUGAAAUAAACACAAUAUAUUUUAUACCCAUUUAAUAGAUUAUCUCGAAGACGAACAGCCUCAAAUAUCAAACAAAUUAUUAGAAACAAACAUUUAAGAUAUGAUAAAUAGUAAAUUCGAAACAUGGAAAACAAAAAAUCAUCCUCUAGUUCUCGCAACGGAAUCAGCUUGCUACUAAAGGAACAACGCCAACUCAAUGCAACGGAAGCCAAACUAAAAUCGAUGAUUAACAAAAUCAAUAACCAGUUAAAUCAAUUACUCGUGGAAGAACUACAACUAAAAUCAAGAGAACUGGAUCAGAAAUUUCCCCAGGACAGUUAUACGGAUGAGAGAACCUCUGUUAAGCAGGAAACUGCAGCCACUUCGGCCGAGAUCAAUCAACAGGAAUUGAAUCUAAACAUCCAAUGUGGAAAGCUAUUGAAAUCAUUGGAGGAGAGUGAAGAAGACGACUGAUAUGCUGUGAUAUUAACAAUGACUGAUAAAGUGUUCAUUGAUUUUUAGUUAUGCUUUGAAUUGGUUCUAAUCGAAACUUACAGCCACUGGAAAUAAACCUAUUUUUGCUCCGCUUUGAUUUGUUCUUCUUCCGGUGGCUUGUUUGCUUUGUAUUCCUGAUCUAUUCGCUCUUUCGCCCGGAAUACUUUCGAUUGUAAAUAAAAUGAUCCCCCUUUUGACUUGUCAUUCACUUGAAA